AUGUACAAAAGAGUGAUAAUGGCUGGGUACAAGGUGGACCGCUAUGAUGCCAAAUUCGCUCGAUAUACAAUGAUCAGGCACGGAAGAGAAAAAAACAAUCCCGAUAAUCCGUCAGUUGGAUUUUUCAAUAAUCGAAACGGAGACCUGCAAAAAUCUCUUUAUCUGCUUAUUUUUCAAUGUUUCAUAGGUCACCUCUACCAAUAUUGGUCAUAA